CGAGAGCAAAACCUGGAAUAUCGUCCCAUUGACGCCUCAUUCUUAGUUCAUCGGCCGGCACAAGCACCACCUCCGUCGGCCUCACCAGCGACUUUAUAUCCUUCGUCGGCCGGCCGAUCUACUGCUUUUAUCGCUUAUGUACGACUUUCAAGGUUUUUUUCUCCUUUUCAAUCCUCUUCAUCUCCGCGGGUACGGGUUAUAGGGAGGAACGGAUCUCUGAUUUCGAACUGAGGUGCCGACUAAUUUGGGUUCGUGCUGGACCUGGACGUGGCGAGGGGUCUCCAUUACACGGCAAUGAAAGGCGACUGGAUUCGGCUGAUCUCGGAGCACAUGCAUCUAGAUCUGGCGACUCUCAUUCUGUUUCCGAACUAUCCCUAUUUGUCUUAGGUAAUUACUUCUGCCCACCUCGAUUACAGUGCUAAACUCUCUUCAAGCACCUUUAAGAACCGAGUUAUUUGGUUUGUUUUUGUCGCUGGGAUUUGGUGAAAUUGAUUGUGUUUUGGGUAUGGCCGACGCAUUGGCUGUUGAAUCCACCGGCGUCCACGACGUCAUUGAGAAACACGUACAAAACUCAGAAGGAAGCACGAUUCUGCCAAUUCUAGUGAUCUCGUCGACGAGGCUCUACUCUCCAGGAUACACGACCUUGAGAAGCUGAGCCUUGAUCUCCCCGCCGACGUCACAAAGGCUGCCAACCUCUCUAUCAAACGUCACAGAUUCUCAGAAUCAAACGGCGGCCUCGUCCUCGACAUCAUUGACAAGCGCGUACGUAAAUAUAGGAAAAAGUUUGAAAAGAUCUGUACGUUGGGGAGGUUUUGAAACUCAGUGGCAAGACCCCUAACCCAGAUCAAUGUGCAAUGUGCAAAACUGAGCUCCAAACCCCUCGUCAAUGCCAGAAAAGAUGAACUGGAAAGUCUCCGACCAGACCUUUCCGACUCCGUUGAGGCUGCAGUGAUCCUUGCUGUCGCGGAGGAAGUGAUCCACUCGAGAAAUGCUUUGAAAAUUAAAGAUCCAGUGCCGUUGUCUUUUGGCAGCUACGUUCCUACAAUGCUGACUCAGAUGUGCAACCUUGAUCCAAGAUUUAUCAUGGAUUGUUCGUUUUCUUGGAAAGCAAAGCUUUUAUUGAAAAAUUGGAUGAAUGCAUACUACAUCAAUAUAUGUAAAUUCGAUGACAUCAUUACGGAUAAUUUGCAAUGGGAAGAACAACUUCAAAAGGGCACUGUCUUGCAUGAUGUCCUACACUUCAAAUCAAAUGGAGAAGAAAAGAAGGGGGAGACAAAGGGGCAAGAGGAUAUUGGAGGAGAAGAAGAGGGAGAUGGAGGAGUAGGGAAAGAUGAUGAUUGGCAAAAGGAUGUUGGAGCAGAAAAGGGAUUUGAAAAAGUUCAUAGAAGUCUAUUCCUCCGAAUUUGCAGGAAUGCACUCCACCAUUGCAAUACUGCAGCAAAGCGCCAAUGCGUAGUAUGUAUGGAUUAUAAUUUGAUGCAUAUAUUUUGUGCUUAUCGCUGAUUUUAACACUUGACUUUUUAUUAGGCGACACUAGGGAAGGAUGGGAUCUUGGAUGAGUUAUUGUACCUAUGGUUUGAUCUCUUUUCCAUUUUUCGUGAGGCAUUAAUAUUGACAAUAAAAGGGAGAUCAGAGAAGCACGAGUAAGAAUCAAUUCACAAGUUGGUAUUGUAUUGUAGAUAAAUUGUCUUAAAUAUGUUACUUACAAUGUCUAAUCUAUUUCAGGAAAUAUUUGCAAGACAAAUUGUUGAUUAUGACCAAACACCAUCAAAAAAGGGGCAAGUAUAGACAACUUAUUGCAAUCUCUGCAGUUAUCAUACAUUGUCUGAAAGAUAACCUGGCUGUUCCUCACACCUGCUUUGUUUAUUCUGUUUGUAUCAGGGUGAAGGGCCACUUCCCUGGCUUCCUGCACCUGGCAAGAGAUAUCUUGCAUGCCAACUCUUUGCUCCGUAGACAUUAUACAAGUGUUCGUUGAGGAUGAUCAGAUUAAGUGAAGCAUCAAACCCUUGGCAUCUACACCUCUUAUAUAGUAGUUAUGUCUUGUUUCUACUUUACAACUUUAGACUUUGCCACUCAUUGGGGCCUGGUAUCUCCUUUAUCACGGGACCUGAGGUUUUCCUUCUGGUAAAAAAAUUGAAGAGUAUAUAGUAACUCUUGACUUGCCUCAUAGAUCUGUAAUCCAAUCAGUUUCAAUGUGACUUGCCUUGAAGGGCCACUUCCUUGGCUUCCUGCACCUGGCAAGAGAUAUCUUGCAAGCCAACUUUUUGUUCUGCAGUCAUACAAGUGUUCAUUGAGGAUGAUCUGAUUGUAAACAAAUUUGGAUGGCGACCUUUAAAACUUUUGGGUAGUUUAUGUGGUAGUUUGAGUUGGUUUUGAUGUUGUUGGAAAGGUUGGGAGUGGAUUUUAAAGUUAGAAAUUGGGUAAUGUUACAAGCUGGUUAUAUGAAUUCAAUCGAAACGGCCUAGCCUGUAGGGAUAUGCUGCAGUUUCUCAUCUUUUUAUGCAAAGUACUUUCCGCAUACCAGUUAAGGAGGCCUUGCAGUAUCUCGUUUUUUUC